AUGGGAUUAGAUAUAUCUUUUUCAACAAAUCACACAGACCUUGCAAUUGGUUGUUUAGUUAUUUGUGAAUAUCCUUCUGGAAAAGAGUUAUUAACAUUAACAGAAGUAGAAGUUUAUCAUGAAUUACUAAACAAUUGUAAAGAAAAGUAUCCUGAGUUAUAUCCAGAAGUUGUUCUUGUUGACGGGAAUGGAUAUUAUCAUCCUCGAAGAUUUGGUUCUGCAACUCAUGUUGGAAUUUGUUGUGAUAUACCAUCAAUUGGUGUUGCAAAGACUGUAUUAUGUGUUGAUGGGAUAGGAAAGAAGGAGAUUAACAUAGUUACUUCACAAAUCAAAGCAGGUGAAUCAACGACAAUUAGUACUUCAAGUGGAGAAGUGUUGUGUGGGGUUAUAAGAAGUAGAGGUGGUAGUAUAAAUCCAAUUGUUGUUAGUUGUGGGCAUAAGGUUUCACUUUCAACAGCAGUAAUUAUAUGUAAAGAAUGUUGUUUACAUAAAAUCCCAGAGCCUAUUCGUCUAGCUGAUUUAAUUUCAAGAAAUUUAAAUGAAAUUAUUUCCUCAUCUAAAACAAUCUGGUUUACAGAACAAACAAUUCAAUUUCUUCCUUUAAUUCCUUCACAAAUUAAAAUAAUUCGACUUCCUGUUAUUAGUCCAGAAUCUACAAUAUUAAAAAAUAAUUAUUUGAAAGAAAGAAUUGCUUCAUUGUCAUUAAAAAAUCCUAAAUUCUCUUUUGAUCUUUCAGAAUUUAUGUCUUUAACAAGUCUAUCACUUAUUAUUAAAAAUCACUUAAGAGUUAAUGAUUUUAUUAGAAAUAGAUAUCAUCGUUUUGAAAAAGGUUAUGUUUUAAUGGAAGGAUUUGUUGAUACAAAUUUUAUUAAUCACAUUGAUCGAUUUAAUAUUAAGAAAGUAGUUAUUGAGUUUGAUAAACAAGAAAUAUUAGAAUCAGUCAUCAAAAAUAAAGAACUUCUCAAAAGAAUUACAUUUUGUUACAAAGAAUGUUAUAAAAAAGGAUUUGAUAAUGAAAUAUUAAUUCAAUAUUAUCCUGAGCAUAUUAAAAUAAAUGGAUUUAGUAAAAAGAAGAUUAAAAUGGAUUUUAGUUCAUAUACAUUCAUAAAAUCAAUCAAAUCAACAAAUUCUUCAAUUUAUUUUAAUCCACCAGUAAGUCUAACACAUCUAGAAUCAAAAUAUUUAUAUAAAAUAUCUUCUCUUAACGAAUUAUAUCUUCAAGGAAAAAAUAUUCAAGAUAUAUCUUUUCCUAAUAAUUUAACAGCAUAA